CGGCGGGACCCGAUCCCAAUGCAGCUCUCUAGUCUGCUGCUCGCUAUAGUUAUCCACUUUGUCUGUCCCACAAGUCCGAAGCCGCAUGAACACCCGUUCUGGAGCUGGAAGGGCGAAGUCGCCCGAGCUGAAGAAAAGCAUGAAGAGGAAGCAAACAGACGAAGCACGUCUCCCUGAUCUGGCUGAAGUGUCACCUACUGCCCAGCUUGUUACAAAACAACAGCAACAAGCCAUCAAAAAGCUGACAGAAAAAAUUCAGAGGCAGGAGGAGCUCAUCAAAGAGCUGUCAGCAGAAAAAGAUUUUCUGAAAGAACAGCUAGCUAAACAUCCUCCACAAGCCUCCACAAAUGACAUAAUGCUGCAUGGGAAACAACAAAAAACUUCCCAAGUUCAGUCAAGUUCAUCUGCAAGUUCAUCGAGCAGUUAUUCAGACUCGAGUGACUCUUCAUGCAGCGAUUCUUCAUGUGACUCUUCCUCUGAGUCUUCAUCUUCAGAUGAAGAGAAGAAGAAGAAGAAGAAGAAUGGAAAGAAGAAGAAAGGAACACCAAAAAAGAAGAAAAAAAGAGGCAAGUGUUAUGGUGAGCGGUAGGACCCCAAAGCAGAAUCUGACUCCGAGGGCAGUUAAACAGUUUUUAUUCCUCACAGGACAAGGAACAGAAUUGGACAGGCAGCAGAAUCAGGGAGCUAAACUGGAAAACCACAGAUAUGUAGAGCAAUGGAAAAGUGAUAAUCCGGCAUGGAGAAGCAACAGGCUCAGGCAUUUAAAGACCUUGAUGAGAUGAGGAUCAGGUGUGCCAUGUAGGGAGGCAGCAGGGAAAAAGUCAGCCACGCCCACCUGGUCACACUGAUCACAACAGUGCCCCCCCCUCAAGGGACGCCACCCGGCGGCCGACCAGGCCUGUCGGGAUGACGGGCAUAGAAGUCAUCAAAGAGAGCAGGGGACAGGAUAAAGGAGCGGGGAACCCAGGAACGCUCCUCCGGGCCAUAACCCUCCCAGUCCACGAGAUACUGCAGACCGCGACCCCGUCGCCGGACAUCCAGAAGGCAGCGAACAGGAAACGCCGGAUGAUCAUCCACGACCAGGGCGGGAGGAGGGGGCUCGGCCGGAGGGCUGAGAACACUGCAGGAGACAGGCUUCAGGAGAGACACAUGGAAGGAAGGGUGGAUGUGCAUUGAGGCAGGCAACUUAAGACGGACCACCGAGGGGUUGAUGACCCGGUCGAUCUCAAAAGGGCCAAUGAACCUCGGAGACAACUUCCUGGACUCGCACUGCAGGGGAAUGUCUCGUGUGGAAAGCCAAACCUUCUGACCCGGUUUGUAGUCCGGGGCUGGGACCCUGCGGCGGUCCGCCAGAGCACGGUUCCGAGAGGCAGUGCGGGAGAGGGCUGCCCGGGUCUCGU